AUGGAUCCUGCGUCCGACAUUACGAAGCAGAAAGUGGCUGCUGCCAAGAACUACAUUGAGCAGCAUUAUCGGAACCAGAUGAAGACGAUUCAAGAACGCAAGGAUAGGUACGGUUUCGGACCGUUUAAUUCGUUCCGUGAUGCGUUUUCAAGUCUCACAACCAACGGCGUUAACAUUAUCAGGUUAAUCCCCUGCCAUCUUGCUGUCUCCCUUACUUCCCUUGUGCCGAUCGCUUUUACCCUUCAUCCGCCUGGCAGGCGGAAAGAGCUGGUGCGGAAGCUGGAGGAGGGAGGAGCAGCAGCAGCGCAUCAUGCAGGAGCUCGAGAGGCGCGAGACAGAGUUCCGCCGCCUGCAUGCAUCACAAUUCCCUUAUCCCAUCCCUCUCUCUUGUCAGACGCCUCGCGAGACGGACAGACGUUAUCCGGCUUCAUCUCACCCCCUACCUCCCCCCUCCCGGUCCCCUCUUCCCCUUUCCAAAUCGGUCACCUGCAUUAUGCGCUUUGCAGGCGGAACGAGCUGGAGCGGAAGCUGGAGGAGGAGGACGUGCCGGAGGAGGAGCAGCAGCGCAUCAUGCAGGAGCUGGAGAGGCGCGAGACGGAGUUCCGCCGCCUGCAGCGCCACAAGAUGAGCGUCGACGACUUCGAGCUCCUCACCAUCAUCGGGCGAGGGGCCUUUGGAGAGGUGCGCAUCUGUCGGGAGAAGAAGACGGGCAGUGUGUACGCCAUGAAGAAGCUCAAGAAGGCAGAGAUGCUUCGGCGCGGCCAGGUGGAGCACGUGAAGGCAGAGAGAAACCUCUUGGCCGAGGUGGAGAGCAAGUGCAUCGUGCAGCUCUACUGCUCGUUCCAAGACGAGGAGUUUCUGUACCUGGUGAUGGAGUACCUGCCGGGCGGCGACAUGAUGACGCUGCUCAUGCGCAAGGACACGCUCACUGAGGAUGAGGCGAGGUUCUACAUUGGCGAGACGGUGCUGGCCAUUGAGAGCAUUCACAAGCACAACUACGUGCACAGGGACAUCAAGCCGGACAAUCUGCUGCUGGACCGGCACGGGCACAUGAAGCUGUCUGACUUUGGGCUGUGCAAGCCGCUCGACACCAGCACCUUCCCCGCCGUCGACGUCGAGGAGGCCGCUGCCAUGCUCUCCAACGCGUCUCUCAACGACAAUCAUCCGGGGUCAGGCAGGAGCCAGGCGGAGCAGCUUCAGAACUGGCAGAAGAACCGCCGCACACUGGCCUACUCCACGGUGGGAACCCCGGACUACAUCGCACCUGAAGUGCUGCUCAAGAAGGGAUACAGCCUGGAGUGCGAUUGGUGGAGCAUGGGAGCCAUCAUGUACGAGAUGCUCAUCGGCUACCCGCCUUUCUAUUCUGAUGACCCCAUGACAACCUGUCGUAAGAUUGUGAACUGGCGCACGCACCUCAAGUUCCCCGAGGAGGUGAUCAUCUCGCGCGAGGCCAGGGACCUGAUCUGCCGCCUGCUGUGCGACGUGGAGCACCGGCUGGGCACAAGGAGCGUCAACGACAUCAAGAACCACCCGUGGUUCCGCGGGCUUCCCUGGGACCGGCUGUACAAGAUGGAGGCGGCUUUCAUUCCCGAGGUCAACGACGAGCUGGACACACAGAACUUUGAGAAGUUUGACGAGGUCCCCGAGGCCAGUGGAUCGCAGAAGUCAGGCCCCUGGAAAAAGAUGCUGCCAUCCAAGGACAUCAACUUUGUAGGCUACACCUACCGCAACAUGGAAAUUGUUCAGGAAACGCAUUCUCCUCUUGGUGGUGCGUUGGAGCUGAAGAAGAAGAGCAAGGGCAAGAAGCCAGGCCUCAACUCUCUCUUUGCAGACGCCCCAGCUGCAUCGGGUGGCGGGGAUCCCCACGACAGCCACUCCCACGGCUCUGGCAGCAGGGCAGGACACGGCGGCCAGGGAGGGGGCGGGGGGAGAGGGGGUGGGGAUUACGGGAGGGAUGAUGGGUACAACGGGGAUUUUGGAAUGAGGCUGACAAUUUACAGGGAAGCUGUGACCGGCUAA